AUAUGUCUCCUCUUUUGCCGUUGGAAGUCAUCUCUCGGGAGCUCCCCUGGUGGAUAUCGGCCACGCUGGAGCCCUUACCAAGACGUGAUGCCCACCUACAAUCAGCUGGCUCCCGGCUCUCUCCUCAACCAGCAGUACGGCGCAGCGCAGGGUCUAGGGUUCCACGGUAUCCCCGCCAGAAGAGCUCCGAUGGUCGAGCAAGCCGUUCAGACGGUUCCUUUGGCCAGCAGUGCUCAGAAAAAGGGGAAAUCCUCAACUCAGCCGCAGCAGCUCAGACAGACUGUUCGUCCAGCCCAGCACGCCGUCUCCCAGGUUCAGAAAGAGAAUGUCCCCAACA